UUGUGUGACAUCGUGGAAGUUUUUGAGACUUUCUGAGGAGGAGAGACAGACACGCGCAGCCGCUCAGACACGUUCAUCCUGACAUCACAGACUCUUCUCUGAGGAGGAAGGCUUGUUAACUCAUCCCGUGGCCGUCCCCUUGUUUCUGUAGUCUUUCCCGGUCGUCAUGUCUUCUGGUGAUGCCUCGGAGGAGAGUCGGCGGGUCAGCGUGUUGUCUUGGGAUCAGGUGCGCCGUUUGGAUUCCAUCCUGGGGGAGAGCGUGCCGAUCCACGGCCGCGGGAACUUCCCCACGCUGUCCGUGCAGCCUCGGCAGAUCGUUCAGGUAGUCAGGGCUCGACUGGAGGAGCAGGGAGUGACUGUACAUGACGUUAAGCUCAAUGGCUCGGCGGCCAGCCAUGUGCUUCAUCAGGUCAAUGGCCUUGGCUACAAAGACCUGGACCUGAUCUUUGGCCUAAGUCUUACCGAUGACAAAACUUUUCGUCUGGUAAAGGAUGUUGUGCUGGAUUGCCUGGUGAACUUCUUGCCCGAGGGGGUGUGCAAGGAGCAAAUCACAGCUCUUGCCCUCAAAGAGGCCUACGUGCAGAAACUGGUGAAAGUUUGCAAUGAUACAGACCGCUGGAGUCUCAUCUCGCUGUCCAACAACACUGGCAAAAAUGUGGAACUGAAGUUUGUGGACUCCCUGAGAAGGCAGUUCGAGUUUAGUGUCGACUCUUUCCAGAUCACGUUGGACUCACUGCUGCUUUUCGACCGCUGCUCAGAGACGGCCAUGUCUGAGACCUUCCACCCUACAGUGCAAGGAGAGAGCAUGUAUGGAGAUUUUGAGGAAGCUUUGGAUCACCUUCGCUCCAAGACUAUUGCCACCCACAGCCCUGAAGAGAUCCGGGGAGGUGGGUUGCUCAAGUACUGCCACCUGCUGGUGCGCGGCUUCCGUCCAUCAUCUGAAAGUCAGAUGAAACAGAUGCAGCGCUACAUGUGCUCACGCUUCUUCAUCGACUUCCCCAAUAUUAGCGAGCAGCAGAGGAAGCUGGAGACAUAUCUGCAGAACCACUUUGUGGGCAUGUGGCACAAGCGAUACGAGUAUCUAGUGACGCUGAGGCAAGUAGUUGAUGAAAGCACUGUGUGUCUGAUGGGCCAUGAGCGCCGCCAGACGCUGGCUCUCAUUUCUGCCCUCGCGCUCCGUGUAAUGGCUGAACAAAAUGCAAUCCCUGCUCUGUCCAACAUCACCUGCUACUACCAGCCUGCUCCUUAUGUCAGAGACGUCAACUUCAGCAACUACUAUGUUGCACAGGUUCAGUCACUGAUGUCUGCAGGUAGUAGCUCUUACCAAACUUGGCUGUCUUGCAGCUGAGCAGAGACGUUACAGAUGUGUUUUACUUUUAUAUUGAUAGGCUCUGCUUUCCUUACAUGCAGUGUCUACAGAAAGCAGCAGCAUUGUGUUCUGGUCCUGUUGUGGUUGCAGAAAACAAUUUGUCACCAUUCCACACAAAUGUUCAGCGUUCAUCUUCAUUGGUCAAGCCCAACGGACUUGUCUUUCUGGAACAUGAAGUUUAUUAUAUAUAUAUAUAUAUAUAUAUAUAUAUUAUUGACUGUAUUUAAAUGUACAUUUAGAAAUGACUGUACACACUUCAUUUGUUAUUAAUUUGGCCAUAACACGUAAGCAGAAAAACUGUGUUAGUAUUUCUUCUUAACCACAUGUGUAAGAGAGAAAAAUUGGAGAAAAGGUUAGGUGGGUGAAUGUGGGAGGUGUGUAAUGAUGUCAAUUCAAUGAUCAAUCAGCCAAUGGCAUUAAUACAAAUUGAAAAAAUCAAACAUUGAUACAGUUCUGAUUUUUUUAGACACGUUUAAGAAAAAACAAGUGGAAUUGUUUCCAUUUGCUUUAUUCUAACAACCAAAGUUUAAUGAGAAAAAUGCCAAUAUCCAAAGCAUUUGUGUCACUAUCAGUAUGUUCCUUUAAAAAAGUUGUUAACUAAAUAAAUUAAACAAAUAAAUAUAAUUCAGAAAAUAACCGAGUUAGUAACUGAGUUACAGCAUUGACUGUAAUUAAUUACUUGGAAAAGUAACUUUAAAAAUCCUCAAAUAUGUUCCCUUUGAUGGAAUUUAAAAUUCCUCUUCAUGUUUAUUUAUUCAUAAUAAAACCAUAUUAGAUCUCACUAAUGUAUGAUAUGGAAACCUAACGGUCUAAAUUACUAAUGUAAAAAUCAUGGACACUAAUCUGAGGCUGCUGGAAGUCGUGUUUUCGUGUCCUCCUGAGGAGAGGAGAUUCUCCACCAUGAAAAAGAAUCUUCCAGUUAUGAUGGACACUCCCCAAAACGUCUUUCAUCUCUGUGAGGGAAAAGUGGUGUCUGUGGUUCCAGAUUAAAACGUUUUCUCUGGCCGUUGCUGUGUCUCCUGGUCGUUUGUGUGUGUGGCUGUGAUACUGACUGGGUCCGCUCCUU